GGCAGUUUAUACUUUCUGGCGACCGUGAAGGUGAAUGCGUGUUCUCAUGUCUUGGCUUGGAGCAUGGGGUGGCUACUCAUCCAAAAUAAUAAGAUGUCCACUCUGACUACAUCUGGACGAGCCUUCUAAUGUACAGUGAAAUGGCCAUUUGUUUCCCUUCUUUUAUCCUCUUUCCCUUGAUGUCCCUUCGUGUCUCAGGGGCAUUACUACCACCCCCUCAGAACAUCACAAUUCUGUCCACCAAUAUGAAGCAUUUGCUGCUUUGGAACCCUGUGAUUGUACCUGGAGAAGAUGUAAAAUAUUCUGUCGAAUUUCAAGGGGAAUAUGAGAGAGAUUAUGCCAACGACAGUUGGAUUUCCAUUGGAGAGUGCACAAAUAUCUAUAUUACUCAAUGUGACAUCACAGAAGACAUUUCCGCCACCGUGCCAUACAAUCUUCGUGUGAGAGCUGCUCUGGGGACACAGGCCUCUCACUGGGCCACUCUCAAUGACCUCUUCAACCGCAUCACAACAUCCCUCACCCCACCUACGUUAACUGUCACAGCAGAUGGAUAUCAUUUGCUAGUGGAGCUAGAACCUCUUGGCCCUGCCUUUGAAUUCUGGAUAUUUUACUGGAGAAAGGGACGAGAACACCAGGUGCACCGCAAAGUGGUGAGAGAGAGUGGUACUGCUGUACAUCUGGAGACCAUGGAGGCUGAAGCUGAAUACUGUGUUAAGGCCCAGACAUAUGUUGAGGCCAUCAACCGAAGCAGCAAUUUCAGCGAUGUGCAGUGUGUGAAGGCCAGAGAUGGAAAACCCCUAUGGAUGACAUUUGCCCCACUCUUCUUAGUCAUCUUUCUUGUAUCUGUUUUGGGCCUUUCUUGGGUCACCUGGAAAAUCUGUCUGAUCUGCCGGUAUUCCUGCUGCCCAAAUGAAGGCAUGCCAGACACUUUGAAACUAACAGGAUCGACUGCCAGGAUGCUACAUUACGGGGCAGAGGAGACAGAGAAGUGUAAUGAGUCUGUGCAAGUGCUGGCCCCUAAAGAAGUUUUUCUCCUUUGUGACUCAUGAAAACCUUGAACAUCACACUCCAGAGUCAAACUGCAGAAUAAGAAUAGAGUGAGACUGACUUCUUCUGUGCCACGCUGAACUGAGCACAUGGUUUUCCUUUACUGAGAAGGAACAAGAUUAAAAAAACAAACAAACAAAAAACAGGAAAGCAAGAAUGUCUUUUCUUCAAAGAGAAAAGUGCCACACAGCAAGCAAGACCACAGGCCCUUCUGCUAAGGGUUUUAUAAAGAGACCAGAGAUUAUUAAUUUUUUCUUCUUCUGUAUUUGACAGAGAAAAGCUGAUGAACACAAUAACCUUUUACAGUCACUUUAUCUGCUUAGCUAAGCUUUAAAGGCACUUGAUUUAUUCAAGUAUGUGUGUGCAUGCACGUACGUGAACACAUGUUGCAAAAUUUUGAAUUUCUGGUAAAAUUCAUUGUGCUACACAGUAGAAGUACAGAGACUCACAGAAGACAGUAGCUUCAAGUUAACCCAAAUCCACCCCUUUCUCAUUAAUUGGCACUUAACUGUCAUAAUAACUCACUCAGACAUUUGUAGGAGAAAGAAUAAAAAACCUUUAAUUACUUACAAUGUUAAACAGAUCAAGAGCAAACUAAACAACAAAUAUUGCUUCCAACAGACUAAAGCGAGGGAAAGGAGCACUCAGCCAAGAGACGGGGCUCUCUUUGAAUUCAGAGAUGGAAAGAAUGACUGGUUAGUGCUGGAUAGACUGACAGUCACCCUCGCUCAGAAAGGUCUCUCCCAGAUGGCACAGAACCACAGAUAGCAUGCGAGGUUUUAAAAAUUCCACCAGUGCAUUCAUGUGUGUGCAUGUACCUAUUAACACAGAAGAAUAAUCUUGGAAGUAAACACACGUCUAAACCCAUGCUGAUUUUCCAGGAGGGUCUCUAAGCAGAACGAGCAGGUAGGAAUCUAUGGAGGGAAAGCAGUUUGUAAAUUACUUUGUUUAUGUGCAGACUGCAUCAGCUUCAGUCCAUGGCAACUCCUCUUAAGAGAAACAGAUUGUAAGCAACAUUGCCUUUAAGGGUCAGGAUGGGGUUUCCGCUGGUGGGAAAUUGAAUAUAAUUAAACAUUCAAUUGCAUUCAAUUUUCCACCAGCAGUGAGUGGAAACCCCACCCCACGUGCGCGGGAUUCCAACUGCAAGCAGAACCAAAUGGGCGGAAACACUGGCUGUGGGUGCUCAGCCCUGACGCGAUGCUGCGUGGCAACACAGCUUGCAGGGAAUGUUCAUUGGAGAUGAUGAGAAAAAAUAUUCCUGCCUGAGGUUCUGGAGACCUGGUCAUAGACACUACCAGGCUGCUUAUGUAGAGUGGACUCCCGUAUCUGCCCCAGUAAGAUCUCCAACAAAA